AUGGCGCCCCGAGGCAAGAAGCGCGCCGCGUCCGUCGACUCGGACGACGUCGACUCGGGCGGCAGGACCGGCACGGGCGGCCGGUCCGACAACCUCCUCAACCUCUCCCUCCCCCCGAUGCACAAACUCGAAGACAUCUUCUCACACAUCGUCGAGCGCAACGCCGAGAAGCUCUCCAAGGUCAUGUCGAACCUCGGACGACCCCUGCGCGUCGCGACUAUGUGUUCGGGAACCGAGUCGCCUAUCCUCGCCCUCCGCCUCAUGUUCCGCGCUCUGGAGGCGCAGAAGGGCAUCAAGGCCGAGGUCGACCACAUCUUCUCGGCAGAGAUCGAGCCGUUCAAGCAGGCCUACAUCGAACGCAACUUUGCCCCGCCCCUCCUCUUCCGCGACGUGACCGAGCUCCCGAAUGACCAAGCUCGCACGGCAUACGGAGCGUUCGCCGACGUCCCAGGCAACGCCGACAUGCUUGUCGCCGGCACGUCCUGCAUCGACUACUCGAACCUCAACAACAUCAAGAAAGGCAUCACGGACGGCGGAGAGUCCGGCCGCACCUUCUUCGGCAUGUACCGCUGGGUCGACAAACACCGACCCAAGAUCGUCAUCCUCGAGAACGUCUGCACGGCGCCUUGGGGCGACAUGGUCAAGAACUUCGCAGAGAUCAACUACUCGGCAGAGUUUUGCAGGCUCGACACGAAGAAGUAUUAUAUCCCGCACACGAGGACGCGCGUUUACCUCAUCGCGUUCCCGAAGGAGAUCUCCAAGUCGUCCGACGCGUUCGGCGGCGCCGGCACUCUCGCAGCCAAGUGGAAAGAGCUGAUGAAGAUCAACGAGCGUCCUGCCUCUUCUCCCGCCGAAGCGUUCCUCCUCCACUCGGACGACCCACGCACCCACCGCGCGCGCCAGGAACUCUCGCACCAGCGUAUCAGCGCCGAUGGCAAGAAGCGCGAUACGGUCGAUUGGGGACGGUGCGAAGUCCGACACUCGGUUGCGAGGCAGAAGGAGAAGUUGGGCCAGAGGAGGCCCCUCACGGAUUGGCAGGACAAUGGGGGGAAACCGACGUUGCCCGACGGAGCGUGGCAGGAUUGGGCCGAGGCGCAGACGGAGCGUGUGCUCGACUUGAUGGACAUCUCGUACCUCCGCCAGGCCAAGCUCGGCGUCGACAUCAACUACAAGUCGGCGAUUUGGAACCUCUCGCAAAACGUCGACCGCACGACGACCUCGAAGCUGUUCGGCAUCACCCCCUGCCUGACGCCCAACAUGAUCCCCUACCUUACCGACCGCGGCGGACCCGUCGUCGGACUCGAGGCGCUCGCGCUCCAGGGAUUGCCCAUCGAUGAGUUGCUCCUCACGCGUGAGAGCACCGAUCAGUUGGCGGAUUUGGCGGGCAACGCUAUGUCCAGUACGGUUGUUGGGACGGCGAUGUUGAGUGCGCUCCUCCUUGCUGGCGACAAGCUUGACAAGGUUGAGAAGAAGAGUGAGGAGGAGGAUGAGGACGAGGAGGACGAAGAGGGCGACAAGGUGAUGCGCCCGAAGAAGAAGGAGGACAAGCCCGAGCCGACGGAGGAAGAGCUCGAGGCGCGCUUCCGCGGCGCCGACCGACUCGCCGAACACCCCGUCGACCUCGCCUCGUUCAAGCCCUCGCCCGCAGACCUGCUCGACCGCGCGCACCGCAGCGCACGCAAGUGCACCUGCGAAGGACCCGAAGACGUCUCGGAGCACAAGAUCUACACCUGCCAAGGCUGCGGUCACUCGUCGUGCGAGGCGCACAAGGGCAAGCCCGAGCACCGCUUUGUCGCCGAGACGGUCGACCGCGAGUCGCCGGCCAAGUUUGCGGCCGACUUGCGCGACCUCCUCCCCAUGCGCUUUACGGUCCCCGGCUUUGAGCGCGACGCGAUGGCCAAGCUCGUCGAGGACACGGAGAAGAAGGGCGCCAAGACCGACAAGGCUGUCGUCGAGCGCUACCUCGAUGUCAUCGACGAGGCGCUCAAGGGCGCCGAGUUUCACUUCCACCACCUCACCCGCCGCGACUUCUGGACGGCCGUCUAUGGCUCGGAGCGCGCUCGCCUCGAGCUCUUCUUCGGUCAGACGCACAUCGAGUGGCGCAUCUUCGUCACCGCUCCCGCCGAGCUCGGCACGCUCAACCCGCUCCGCCAGCGCUUCGAGCAGCCCAUCGCGCGCCUCAAGGUUCCCCCCGGCCAGACGGACCUCUUCGACGGCUCGUGGUCGCUCAACGUCCCGCUCGUCGGUUCGGCAAACAAGGUCGAGAUGCAGUUCUCGUUCGACGAGGGCGACGAUGCCGAGUCGAAGAACAAGUCGUGGCGCGCCCGUCUCGAGCUCGAGGACUUCCUUGAGGAGAAGAGUCCCCGCCGCAUCAAGAUGUCGCUCAAGGGCAGCGGCAAGGACGUGAUCGACCGCCAGAUUGACGGCGAGUACGAGCGCGAGGACAAGUGCGGCACCGCGACGCACGCCCUUUACCGCCGCGUCGAUGUGAAGGACAACGACGAGCCUCUCUACUUCUUCUUCGACCCGUCGCCUUACCUCGAGAACAUCCACGACCGCUUCGUCUUUGCCGAGACUUGCCUCCGCGUCACCGGCACUCGCGCGCUCCUCGCCUCGCUCCAGCCGUCCUGGCGUCUCAACCCCUUCCACACGACCGGCGGCGGAAAGGACGAGACGCCCAAGGUCGUCAGCGACGAGGUCGACCCCGAGCCGUCCAUCGACAUCCCGACGACCUGGAUGGUGCUCGAGCAGGCCAAGAUCGCGCCCGGCGGUGCCGACGUCAACGAGACGAGCAAGUUCUCGACGAUCCAGACCGGCUUCGAGCUCUCCGUCUCGACUGGGCAGUGCUCGCAGGCCGAGACGCUCCUCACCGCGACGGUCCCGCUCGCCAAGUCUCCCUCGCCCGUCUGGGCGACUGAAAAGUGGCACGAAGUCGAUCUCCAGCACCAGGGCGCCGAGGUCUUCUCCAAGCUCGGAUGGAUGCUCUCGCGCAUCCCCAACUGGCAGGCCCUCCAGGAGUGGCAGUCGGUCGCAACGGGCAGCAUCCCCAACCAUACCUGCGCACGUUGUGCGCCCGUCAUGCCCUCGAUCCAGUGGAUCAAGCUGCUCAGUCUCCGCGGCGGGAAGAAGGAGGCCUGGUCGCCCAGCGUUAUCGCGCGUGAAGACGGACAAGAGGCCGCCCGCUACGAGAACGCUCUCAAGGACCGCCCGUCGCCCAUCAUCAUCCACACGCGCCACGUCGGCAGCGACUUGCAGCUCAAGAUCGGUCUCAACGCUGCCAGUCUCGCCCACCGCGCGCUCUCCCAGCUCCCCGCCGCGUCCCUCAAGCACUUCUCGCCCGCCGCACCCAAAGUCGAAUGGCGUCUUUUGACGUCCGUCAGCACCGACCUCGGUAACGAGUCGUCGCCCGUCUUCGAGCUCACGAGCAACCGCAACAACCCCGAGGCGGCAAACCCCGAGGACUGGAACCCCAAGUGCAAGCUCCGCCCGGAGCAGCUCCGCUCGCUCUGGUGGAUGAUCGAGCAGGAGGCGAACCCGAAGCCUUGGGUCGAGGAGGAAGUCGCCGAGGCGCUUCUUCCUCAGCUUGGCUGGUACGCCGAGGCCAAGGCGACUCGCGAGGUCGAGAUCCGCGGUGGUGUCGUCGCUGACGCCGUCGGGUACGGCAAGACGGCCAUCACGCUCGCCCUCAUCGCGUCGCGCCAGGAGGUGGACGGAGAUCUCCCCGAAGAGACGGACCGCGUGCCGAUCAAGGCGACGCUCAUCGUCGUCCCCAAGCACCUCGUCAACCAGUGGAAAGACGAGGUCAAGAAGUUCACGAAGCCGGCUCUCAGCGUCAUCACGAUCCAGAGUCAGACCGACCUGAAGAAGUACACGAUCAAGCAGUUCCAGGAGGUCGACAUCGUGAUUGUCGCCGAGUCGCUUUUCACGUCGGGCCCCUACUGGUGCGCUCUCGCCGACUUUGCCGCCAGCAAGCGCGACAUCCGCUACGACGCCAAGGCUGGCCGCUACUUCCGCCACGCCGUGGACGAGGCGAUGGAGGCGAUGGGCGACCAGGUCAGGCGCAUCCGCAUGAAGGGCGCCUCGGCAGCCCACGUCGCGCUGGACAAGGCUCGCAAGGCCCGCGACGUUGACUUCGAGAGCGAGACGUUCAUUCCCGAAAGCCGGCACAAGGCUAACGCCAAGGCAAAGGGCAAGGCGAAGCCGCUGCCCUCUGUCAAGGACGUCAAGUUCACUCGCUCUGCGAACGUGGGCGACGAUGACUGGGGUUUCCGUCAAGCGGGCCAGAACUGGACGAAACUCAAGGCCCCGCCGCUCUCGUUCUUCUCGUGGGCUCGCGUCGUCCUCGACGAGUUCAGCUACACCGAUGGCUCGCCGCUGGUCGGCAUCCACUCGUGCCGCGGCCGCGCUCGCUGGAUUCUGUCGGGAACGCCGCCCAUGCGUGACUUCUCCGAAAUCAAGUCGAUCUCGAACCUCCUCAACAUUCACCUCGGUAUCGACGACGACACCGAGGGCGUCGCCGACAUGGUCAAGGUCCGCACGAAGGACGCGACGGCCGCCGAGAAGUUCCGCUCCUACGUCGACGUCAGGACGAAGAACUGGCAUAUCCGUCGCAACAAGGUCGCGCAGCGAUUCCUCGACCAGUUUGCCCGCCAGAACAAGGCCGAGAUCGACGAGAUCCCUAUCGAGACGGAGCUCGUCGGCGUCCGCCUCCCCGGCGCCGAGAUGGCCAUCUACCGCGAACUCGAGCACCACCUGUACUCGAUCGACCCGAACCUCGCCAAACUCGCCAAGAUCAACAUCGAUAAGCAGUCCGACCGCGACAAGCGUCUCCGCGAGGCGCUCGGACAGAGCAAGACGCCCGAAGAGGCGCUCCUCAAGCGCUGCUCGCACUUCUCGCUCGACCUCGACGAGGACAAGCUCAAGGGCGAGCACGCUCCCGAUGUCUGCGACUUCAUCGCCGAGCUCCGCCAGGAGCAGCUCGAGGACUGCAAGGAGCAGGUCAAGCAGCAGAUCCUCGCAUCGGCGUACAUGCACCGCCGAGCCCUCGCCAAGGACUUCUACGACUUCCUCGAGAACCCGACGUUCCACUUUGCGCAGUGGGUCUCGAGGCUCUUCAAGGACGGCUUCGGCGACGAGGACGCCGACAAGUGCCUGCGGGAACUGGCCGAAGCCGUCGGCUGCGACAGCGAAGGCAUCGGUAAGGCGCCGGACAACGCGAAGCCCCUGCCCAAGUACAUCGCCCGCUUCAUGAACGAGAAGGACAAGAAGGAGAAGGGGUUCGACGCGACAGAAUGGGCCAUCGAGCAGACCGUCGUCAUCCGCGACUCGGUCGUCACCCUCAACAAGCUCGCGAGGGAACUCGUCGGCCGCUUCCGCUCAGCUCGCUACUUCGACACCGUCCGCACCGUCCUCCGCACGACUGAGGACGACAAGGCCGCCGAGAAGGACACGCUCGCAAUCCUCUCGUGCUGCGGCCACCACGGCAAGCUCGCCGAUGUCGAGGAGAACGCCCGCUGGAACAAGUGCAUCCACCCGGGCUGCGGCGCGCUCGUCCAGAAGCUCAACAUCCUCACGGCCGAGUCGCUCGGCACGGACCGCGACUCGGGCCACUUUGGCUACAAGCUCGAGACGCUCGUCACGCUCAUCCAGCAGACGCCGGAGGACGACCGCGUCCUCGUCUUUGUUCAGUUUGACGACUUGUUCGACAAGGUUCACGAGGCGCUCAGCGUCUACAAGAUUCCGACGACGAUCCUACAGGGCACAUCGGUCCAGCAAUCCAACCUGCUCACGGCCUUCCAGAAGAAGUCGGCCAACGGCGCAAAGGUCCUCCUCCUCCGCGCGACCGACUCGUCGUCGUCCGGCGCGAACCUCACCAUCGCCAAUUGGGCGUUCUUCGUCUCGCCUCUCCUCACUGACUCGAAGGCCAAGUACAAAGCCCUCGCGACGCAGGCGAUCGGUCGUAUCCACCGCUACGGCCAGCUCAAGACCGCUCGGGUCGUCCACCUCCUCACGCAUGCGACGCUUGACGUCCCAACCUUCUCAGAGCGCAACGACUGCGACGUCGACGAGGUGAUGAAGACCCAGCCUACCCAGCGGGGCGAAAUCGUGAACCCUUUGCGCUCGAAGGAGGGCAAGUGGGAGAGGAAGGGGAGGGCGCCUGCUACGAAGAAGGGGGGUGCGAAGAAGGCUAAGAAGGAGGAGAGUGAGGUGGAGGCGGUUGGGAGCGAUGGAGACGCCAAGAGCAGCGAUGAGUCGGAUGGCGAGAUGCUGCGCCAGGUCAAGAAGGCGGCGGCGAGGAAGGUCAAGCCUGUCCCGGCCAAGAAGGGCAAGGCGAAGCCUGUCGUCAUCUCGGAUGACGAAGAGGUCGAGGCGAACGAGAGUGAGGAGGACGAGGAGGAAGACGAGAUGAGCCUCGAGGAGGACACGGAGAGCGAGGACGAGCGGCCCAAGAAACGCUCGCGCGUCGAGAAGAAGCGCAAGGACGAAGACGACUUCUCCGCCUCGGACGACGAUUCCGAUGCUCCUCCACGCCGCGCCGCCCCGCCCAAAAAGCUACCGCGUCGCAUGGCGAGUGCUGGCAAGCCUCUUGUCCUCGACUCGAGCUCCGAGGAGGAGGAGGAGGAGGAGGAGGAGAAGGUCGUUGUGUCGGCGAAGAACAAGGGGAAGGGCAAGGCUAAGGCGCCUGAGCCGAAGAAGGCGGUCAGCAAGAAGCGCCGCAUCGCCGACUCGGACGAGGACGAAUCGGAGGACGAACCGCCCUCCAAGCGCGCCUCGACGAGCAAAGCUCCUGCCGCCUCGACCUCCUCCAAGCCCAAGUCGAAGCCGUCGUCGCCCGCCCAGCCGGCGUUCAAGAAGGCCCGCUCGUCCUUCAUCGGCGUCGUGAUCGAGUCGCCAAAGAGGAAGCAGUCGACGCUGGGACGGUUCUUUGGGAAGAAGCCGGCUGAGAAGGCUGCGGAGCCUGCUGCGCCGGUCGCUAAGAAGGAGACGAAGCAGAAGGAGAAGGGGGAGGAGAUGGAGAAGAAGGUUGAGGCGAUGCAGCUGGACGACGACAGCGACGACGAGCGCGAGACGACGCCUAGCCCGGUCAAGGUCAAGCCCGCCUCGUCGUCGUCGAAGGAGAAGGAGGCUGCGACGCCCGAGCCGCAGGACGACUCGCCUAGCAAGGAGCGUCAGGUCUCGCCCGAGCCGGAGAAGGAGAAGGAGGCGUCUCCCGCUGUUGCGGAGGAGGCGAAGGCCAAGUCGCCAUCCCCUGCGCCUGCGCCGGUCGCCGACGCCCAGGAAGACGACGCCGCGUCGUCGCCUCGUUCUGCUUCGGCCGACAAGGAGGACUCGCGCUCGUCUGCCGCGUCGUCGACCGGCGCCGGCAUCGACACGGCUCUCACGACACCGGCUUCUGAGCUGCAGCGUCAGCUCGGUGACAAGGCGUCGGUCGGACCUAUCGACGAGGCGGAGGAGGAGGCUGCGGCGAUGGAGGUCGAGGAGACGGCCGCCUGA